ACUCCCCUCCCCGCGAUGCAGCGCGCCAGGAUUGCGCAGAACGCGGCGCGGCGCCGGGGGCCGCGGGCGAGCGGGGCGCAGCCGCUGGCAGGCCCCGGGCUCAGGCCGCGGGCCAUGUCCGAGAGCGGCGGCGCCGGCGGGGCCGCCCCGGGCGGGGGAGGCGGCGGAGCGGGCGGCGGAGCGGGCGCGGGAGGCGCGGCCUCCGGCUCGGGGCCCGGCGCCACCGACCCGGCCUCGCUUCCUCCCGGCGACGCGCAGCUCAUCGCCAUCAUCGUGGAGCAGCUCAAGAGCCGCGGCCUGUUCGACGGCUUCCGGCGGGACUGCCUGGCCGACGUGGACACCAAGCCAGCCUAUCAAAAUCUGAGGCAGAAAGUAGACAACUUUGUAUCAACCCACCUGGACAAACAGGAAUGGAAUCCAACAAUGAACAAAAACCAGUUACGAAAUGGCCUAAGGCAGAGUGUGAUUCAGUCAGGAAUGCUGGAAGCAGGAGUGGACAGAAUUAUUUCUCAGGUGGUGGAUCCAAAACUAAACCACAUCUUCAGGCCCCAGAUAGAGAGAGCGAUUCAUGAAUUUUUGGCUGCACAAAAGAAAGAGGAAAGUGUUCCAGCUCCUCCUCCAGAACCUGAGAAUAAGGAUCCUCCAGCUCCAUCUCAGGAUGCCUCCUAAAGCGAGUUCCUGAUACUAAGCAGCUGCAGUUGCAAAAUGCGUGUCCUGUUAGAUUGGCAAUGGAUUACUUGUUCCAUUUGGUGCAGGACUGCUGCCUGCCAAAGAUGUUUAACCUUUAUCAGACCUGUGGGAAGGCUUUGAAAUCAGUGAAAUUCAGAGGCACCCGGAGUUCUGUGUGUGGAGGGACAGCCAAAAUGUGAAGAUAUUUUUGCUAUUAACAGCCAUCAGGGAGCAGCAUGUAUUGAUGUUAGUCAUGCCUUCAGGCAAGGGGGUGGGAAGAAAAAGGGAGUUAGUUGGCUCUUGUCUGGACAGAGCAGGGAAGUGGUUUGAGAUGAUACUGGACUUCAGAGCAGGAAGAAAAGAAAGAUGUCUUGGCGGGUGGGAUAGUCUCUUGGAGACUAAGAAAGAGCUGACAGAUUUUCUUUGAUAUAAGCCAGACGAGAGGAAGCGUCAUACACUUCUGCUGCAUAACACAGCAUUGAGUAGUAGAUGCCAAAUCAGGUGUAACUCAUUGCACUGCCUGCUUUAGGAAAGACAUUUCCUGUUUAAAACUGGAAAGAACACUUCAGGAUCAGUUAUCUAGAUAAUUUCUGUUGCAUCGCAGGAGAUGUUUACAGUUGGCUAUGACUAUAGCUGAUUUAAUUCUUAUUUCCAAGGUAACUCUGGGAAGCAACGGGUACCAGAGUAGGUGAUCAGUUUGAAGCUUGUCUCUUUCAACUUGAAAGACUCUUCUUUCCUGUGAAAUUUCUCAGGUGCCUAGUGGAAACUGUCCUAUGCUUUCAGCUUGAAUGCAUGCAGUGUCCUCUGGAUGACAGUCAAGUAGAGAAUGUGAUCAAAUAUUCUGCCAGUAAAUGUCCAUACCUUUUGCAAUAAAAGACUUCAAAAAGCA